AUGGAGACAGUCACGCACUUGAUUGUCAUUCUAUCAAUUGUGCUACUACGUUCAUCUGCUGAAAACGUCACUUUAGCGAUCGAAACUGACCCGAAUUCACUUGAAACCCUCACGGAGACUGAGGAAGUCAACGAUGAAACCAUAAAAGAAACCAUUUCGGAAGACGAAAAUGAUUCUGAUGAAUCAUUUGAAGUGCCCCCACCAUUGUUCGAAUUCGAAAACACAAAAUUCGCCGAUGAAUAUUUGACGAAGAAGCAGCAACAUGAAAUGAAGCAACUGGUACGUGAAGCUCGAAGCAGCGGGGCUGAUCUAGAUGAGGUUCGUCGAGUUGUGCUGCGUUACAUCAACUCGGUACUGACCAAGCAACAAAAAAAGCAGAUUACGGCAAACAGCGAACAGCUGAAACGCGAGUUCAGUGAUGAUAGCCUUAUCAAUGCUUGA